GGAAGCGGCGCCCACUUCCGGCGGUGGCGGCCGGCGGCGGCGCCAUGGAGGAGGCGGCGGAGCAGCGGCGGCGGGGCGAGCACCGGCAGCGGCGGCGGGGCGGGGAGGUGGCGGUGAAGGUGAAGGUCGAGAAGCGCAGCCCGCGGCGCUCCGCUUCCCGCUCGGCGCGGGGGGGCAGCCAGUCGCCGCCGGCCGACGAGCGUCGGGGAGGCCGCGGGGGCAGCAGCAGGUCGCCCAAGCGGCGGAGCCGGGCCGGCCGCCGGAGCAGGUCCCCGCGCGGCAGGCGGAGCCGCAGCCCGCAUCACGGCGCGGUGAAGGUGAAGCAGGAGCGAGACGAACAUCCUCGUAGAGGAAACGAGGAGCGAAAGCAGAAAUACCCAUCGGAGCAGGAACACAGGCGAGACAGAAGCGGUGACAGAGAUAGACACAGAGAUCACGCAGACAGAAGGAAAAAUCCCAGUGAAAGGCCUGGAGGUCGAGGCCACGAGCGAGAGAGGGAUGCUCAAAACAUCCGUGAGCAGCAAGCAGAGAGAGAGUUUUAUAACGAGAGACGGCGAGAACACCGGCAAAACAACGAAGGGAGCGGCGUUGACCAGAAUCCAGAACUCGGGCAGUCUGAUAACAAACCAAAAGAUAAAGCUUCUGUAAAGAAAGAAAAACCAAGCUUUGAACUGUCUGGGGCCCUUCUGGAGGACACCAACACCUUCCGAGGGGUUGUGAUCAAGUACAGCGAGCCCCCAGAGGCUCGGAUUCCGAAGAAGCGGUGGCGCCUCUACCCUUUUAAAAACGACGAGUUCCUCCCGGUCAUGUACAUUCACAGGCAGAGCGCUUACCUCCUGGGCAGGCACCGCAGGAUUGCAGAUAUUCCCAUCGACCACCCCUCCUGCUCAAAGCAGCACGCUGUGUUCCAGUACCGGCUUGUGGAGUACACUCGUGCCGACGGUACGGUCGGCCGGAGGGUCAGGCCGUACAUCAUUGACCUCGGCUCUGGCAACGGCACGUUCCUCAACAACCAGCGGAUUGAACCUCAGCGUUACUAUGAACUGAAAGAAAAGGAUGUGCUGAAGUUCGGGUUCAGCAGCAGGGAGUACGUUCUCCUCCAUGAAUCCUCAGACAAAUCUGAGGCCAACACAAAGGACGAUGAUGAGGAGGAGGAGAAGGAGGAAGAGUCUGACAGUUAACAGAUGAGGAGGAAACCAGGGGGCGGGAGCAGGGGAGAGAAACUUUUUCAAGAGAACAUACAUUGGGAUGUAAACAUGGGAGCAUCAAAGCACUGAUGCCUCUUCUUGCCUUAAAGUCCUUCUGUUGCUGAUCAGUUGUCAUGUUUAUUUUGGGGGACUUCACUGAUUAUUCAUCUUUGAUAGUUCUGCAUAUCAGGAAAUCCAGCUUUGUGUUUUGUUUUGUUUUUUUUGUUUUGUUUUGUUUUGUUUUCCCUUGACAAGCAAAAAGAGCACCUGGAUGUGAAUGUUGUGAUGCUGGAAAUAUUCAGCAAACCUUAAAAGACUGUCCUCUUUUAGAAAAUGAUGUCAAACACAGCGAGCAUAUUUAAAACUAUUUUUAUUACCUGUUUUGUCAUAACCCUUUGAAAAUGCUACUUAACUGAGAUCUUAGUUAGAAGGUGACCCGACACACUUUGUAACGUGUCUUGUUUGGUAGAGUUUGCCAAAUUUCUUGCCCGGUUAGUUCUAGACAGGACCAUUUACCAGCCUUCCUACUAAAAAGGCAGAAGUGUUGCAGAGCCCCCCUUAUAUCUGUAUGUUUUGGGUUGUCAGACUGCAUUACGAUAACUUUCAGCUGUGGGCAUUUUACCAGACAACUACCCGGAAAUUCUAAGGUAAAUGGAAAUUAAAGGAAGCGCUUCCUAGAAUUUUAGGUUACAAUAACUUGAUCUGGGAGGGCUGAGGCCCAAGCCAGUGUAUGCCCAGCAUGUGUUGCAGCAAAAGAUGCUGAAACUGUUACUGGGUGUUGAAUUCCUAGUUCUGAAGGUAGGGCCUUUAUCUCCGACAGCACCACUGCCCUGUGAGUAACUUCUAGGUUUUGUUUGUAUUACGUAUAGUACCCGUUACGUGGUGGCACGUUUUAACCAGUUUGCACUAUUUAAGUUUUUUUUAUAUAAAAAGUUAAACCGCCAUUUGUUUAAAAAAUUCUUCUUCGCCCUGUAAAUGAAAACGAUACUUUAGGAAGAGAAGAACGGAUUCUCCUUACUGCAAGUACUUGCAUAUUUUUGGAUGUCCACUUCCCAUGGUUUGCUUUACGAUGUAAGAAAUGUAAUGUUUUCCACACUGUUUACUAAUUUGCCUGGAUGUUUGUUCUGUGAUCACACAUGCUGUUCCUACGUGCUGUGUAUAUCCUUGGUGUAUGCAGGGGCUGCAUACUGUAUACACAGGCUAGAACAUGGAUGGUGUAAAUAUGGGGCAUUGGUGUAGGUUUUCAAGCAGUAGGCAGAAUGAAUUUUGACUAGGAGGAUCUCCUUUAUAUAUACUCUAGGGGUUUUUAAAUAAAGAAUUUGUAAAUUUAGCCCUAA